AUGUCCCUUCUCGCGCUGAAAGUCUCCAAGAUUGACCCCCAUGAGGGCCAUGACCACGCAAAGCCACCGCCAAAGAAAGGUAGGGUCAAGGGUCUAUGGACUGUUCGUAUACAACAACAUCAAGAUACCGAUCCUAUGACGCAUUAUGUCUGGCUGUAUGAGGGACCUCAGUGGAAGCAGAAGGCGAUGGCCGCUGGAGUUUUGGCUGCUAUCAUGGCCGUCGUCAUGUUUCCUUUGUGGCCCAUUAUGCUUAGACAGGGUGUUUGGUACCUCAGUGUUGGCAUGAUGGGAUUACUUUGCCUGUUCUUCGCCAUGGCAAUCUUCCGUCUUAUUCUCUUCGCAGUCACGUUCUUCGUCGCUUCACCAGGUCUAUGGCUAUUCCCGAACCUAUUUGAGGACGUUGGAUUCUUCGAGAGCUUCGUACCUUUAUGGGGCUGGCAAGAGACUAAGAAAAAGAAGAAAUCCAAGAAAACAGACGGAUCAGCAUCUUCAAAAUCUUCCAAGUCCAAGUCAUCCUCUAAGCCUGCUGUUGCUCCCGUCGCUGCUCCCGCCGCUGCUACUUCUGCCGAAAAAGCCCCAGUUACAAAUAAUGCCGCGCCCGCCGCUCCCAUGGAAUCAGCUAAACCCGAACACUCACCUGCUAGGCAUGCAUUUGCUGCUAGCGUAGAGGAUGCUGAAGAAGAGUAG